GCCUUUUCAAAACCUUAGCGGUGGCACUAAGCUAACGUGAAGUUUUCCAAACAGAUUUUACGUGUUUAUUUUGUCAUUUAUCCUGGACUAUGACACGAAGUAACACGUUCGUUUCUGCCGUAAGCGUCGUGUGAUGCUGAGCUGCGAACAAAGAUGGAUAAUUAUGUUUUCCUCAGGGUCGUCGGGAAAGGCAGCUAUGGGGAGGUGAACUUGGUGAAACACACAACAGACCGAAAACAGUACGUAAUAAAGAAGCUGAAUUUGACCACCUCUUCCAAGCGUGAGCGGCRUGCAGCGGAGCAGGAGGCACAGCUUCUGUCCCGGCUGAGACACCCUAACAUUGUGACCUACAGGGAGUCUUGGGAAGGAAAUGACCGUCAGCUGUAUAUUGUGAUGGGUUUCUGCGAAGGGGGUGACCUCUAUCACAGGCUCAAACAACAAAAAGGGGAGCUACUGCCAGAGAGGCAGGUUGUGGAGUGGUUUGUCCAGAUAGCCAUGGCACUCCAGUACCUGCAUGAGAGAAAUAUUCUUCACCGGGACCUGAAAACACAGAACAUCUUCCUGACUAAAACCAACAUCAUCAAAGUUGGGGACCUUGGUAUUGCACGGGUUUUGGAGAACCAGAAUGAUAUGGCCAGCACUUUGAUCGGGACCCCAUACUACAUGAGUCCUGAGCUGUUCUCCAAUAAACCCUACAACCACAAGUCAGAUGUUUGGGCCCUGGGCUGCUGUGUGUACGAAAUGUCCACUCUGAAACACGCCUUCAAUGCCAAGGACAUGAACUCACUGGUGUAUCGCAUCGUUGAGGGAAAGUUGCCAACGAUGCCAAGUCAAUAUGAUCCCCAGCUUGGAGCUUUGAUCAAGAACAUGUUGUGUAAGAGACCUGAAGACAGGCCUGAGGUGAAACUCAUUCUCCGGCAGCCGUACAUAAAACGACAAAUUGCCAUGUUCCUCGAGGCCACCAAAGAAAAAACAGCCAAAUCAAGAAAAAAAGCUGUGAGAAGAGACCCUGUGUCCAUCAGUUCAUCUGAAGCAUCGACUCAACUGAAACCUCAGCAGCCUGAACAUCCUGUCCGCAUAAAGAAGAAAGCAGAUAAAUCAGACCUCCCUCCUGUCCCAACCUCCCAACCACAGAAAUCUCCAUCAUCUGAUGUGUUUCAAACCAGUAUUGCAUCCAUGGCCACCGUCAGCAAUGUUAAUAUCGACCUCCCACUGCAGCAGGAUGAAGAUGUGAUGAGGAGACCAGGUCAAACGCCACMUUUGGAACCUCCUGCGACUCGCAGUGUGAGCAAAAAGAGCAAGGUGAGAGGGAAACCUGCUCUUUCCCCUCCUCCCUCUCCUGUGGAGCCCCCUCUGAAGGCCGGAUCAGGUGUUGGUGGCCGGGGCGGAGACAAGAGGCCUGCAGCCAAUGGAUGUUUAGACAUUCAGCCACAGGCCACACCCAACCCGAGGGAAACAUUCUCCAUCAUUGUGGGGAAACAGAUAUCAGCUGUGGGUUGUAAAGAUGAUACCGUAGAGUUACUUAGAGAGGCUGAUGUACAGAACCCAAAUCUAAAAAACACUGGAGGAGUUCUGGACGGGAAUACAGACCAUCAGAAUAACACCCUGGCUCUUAUCAAGCAAGCUCCAUCGCUUCCACACACUUCGGAUGUCCAAGACUUCCUGGAAGCUACUGAGAGUCUGUUAGAGCCAGUAGCACAGGARUCUGUUCCAGAGGAAUCUUCUCCUGUAGCCACUGAACAAGAGCCAGCUUCUCCCUGCCAAAGUCCAUGGUAUUUGUCAGAACCUUCAGUAUCACAGCAGCACAAAGACAUGCACACGAGGCAGACGAAAAGAGAUCAGAAACAGGUGGCAGCUCCAAGACCUUUACCUCAACCUCCUGCUGAGUCUGUGGAAGUGAAGAARAGGAGUAAGAGGACGUCUGGAAACAAAAAGGCUGCAGUGACUUCAGCAUCAGUCAGUUCCUCUCAGGAUGGAUUCCUUCCAGUCCCCCAGGACCGUCCUCUGACUGCUAGAGAGAGAAGACGACUGAGGCAGUCCCAGGAGAGCAGCUGCCAAGCAGGUUUAGGUGCUGCACGAAGAGCAUCCUAUGAUACUGCCUCCACCAAAGCAGAGUACCACAGUGUCCCAGUUACACGAUCCGCUUCUUAUUCUGUGACAGAGUCCAGCAGUAAGGAUAAGCUGAUGGAACACAAGUCUGAUGAAGACGAGUUCGGCUCAUCUGCAAGUUCCACGGAGCGUUCAGAGGGAGACUGCAGGGAAAGAAAGACCGAAUCCAGCGACAUGCACGAUUUAGUUGACAUGAUGACUCAGACUUUGAGAAUGGACGUAGAUGGAGGACAGGAGGCGGACAAGAGCCGACCUGACUCCWCCACACUGCCAGAGUUCAGACUGAACAGGAGGUACAGGGACACCCUGGUGCUUCAUGGGAGAAAUCGUGGAGAACCAGAGAACUUGUCGCUCUGCGAAAUACCAAUAGAAGGCUCCUCGUCCGGUCCGGCYAAGAUAAGGAGAGCGAUAGAGCACCUGAGAACAGAUGUGGUGAAAGGUCUGGGUGUCAAGCUUUUGGAUAAAGUGCUUGAAAUCAUGGAAGAGGAGGACGAGGUCAAAAAAGAACUGUGCCUUCGUGAKGAGAUGGGUGAUGAGAAAUAUCAAGCUUACGCUGUCAUGGUGAGACAGCUCAAGUUUUUCGAGGACGUGGCCUUGAGGGUUUAAAGAUGCAAACACACACAGGCAAACUCAUCCGAGAUCUUUUUGGUUAAAAAAAAACAAAACAAAAACAAACAACCUUGCUUCAUAUCUUGUCAUGUUUCUUCAACACCAACAGAUUGUGGUCUUUGUUAAAAUGACUGUUUUCAAUGAGAAAUUUAAACCAUUCUGAGGUUCAAUGUUUUCUGCCAAAUGACCACUUCUGCUAGUGUGCAAGUUCUUAUUACUGGAAGAGUUUGCUGUGAAAUUGAAACCCAACAUAAAUUGUAAAUAAAUGCGUACAUUUUUCAGUACAAAUGCAUAAUGUGAAAACAAUCCAACAAAAGUGUAAAAUACCUAUGCAAAAUGUUUUUAUUUUAAAGCUCUUAUUUGUCUUUUUAUAUCCUGUAGUAGAGUUGAAAUGUACUUGAUGUAAGCCAAAACUUCUACGGCCAUAUCACUUAUGUAAGUUUUCAUUUCUUUGAUUUAACAUUUGCUGCCGUAUUUCUACUUUUUUUUAUUAAAUAAUGUAAAAUAGAUGUAUUGUAGAUAUUAACAGUUGAACUAUUUCUAAUAAAAUUUAAAAAAAAAAAA